CCUUCAAGAAAUCCUUCAAGAAAUCCUUCAAGAAAUCCUUCAAGACCUUCUUCAAGGCCUUCUUCAAGACCUUCAUCUAGAGCCGUAUCUCGUACAGUUUCACCGGCUCAAACCCCAAUUUCUUUAUCACGUACAUCAUCAAGGAAUAAACUUGAUUCAUCUAAUGAAUCUCCUUUGAUAAAACCUUAUAAAGUUAAUGAAUUCCCGACUAUCAAUGAAAAAAGUGAAGGUGAUGACGAAGACGAUGAUGAAUGUAAGGAUACUACUUUGGACCGUAUGAUUAGCAAUAUAACAUCUUUAAUCAGUGAAGCCACGGAAGCCGUUGAACUCCCAAUUAAAGGUCAUGAGAAAGAUCGUACAUUUUCAAUUAUUAGCACAUCAUCUAUUGAUUUUGAUGAGAUUAACAGACAAUUAGAUGAUUUGGAUGAUGAAGAAGAUGAAGAUGAUGAAGAGGAAUUCGAAGAACCAAUUGUAAUGGAUCGAAGUUUAAAACCUGAAGAUGCUGAAGAAAGAUGGCCAACAAGGAAACAUAAACGUACACGUACAAAAAGCGAUGCUAAUCAAGAAGACUUUUUAAAAAGUUUAAGUAGUUUCAACGAUAGUAUGACAGGUUUAGCAGAUCUCAUUGAAGGUUUGACAACUGAACUUCCUGAAGACGAAGGUGACGCUCAAAGUGGAAUUCAAUACAGGGUGUCUACCAAUGAAUUGUUAAACAAUCCAAGUUCAGAUGUUCCAGAUUUAGAUGAUUUUGCACAACAAUGUCGUCUUCUUACACGUGCCCUUAUUCUUCCUUUCUUACAUGCCACUCAUUCCUUCAUGUCUGAAUCACUUCAAACCACCACCAAUAUACAAACUCCUAAAUCAGUAACUAGUACGACGAGAACUUUUAUGAAUUUGAUGUACUGGACAUUUUUAUUCACUCUCGGGUCCUUGGUUUUAGAUGCAUGGUUAUGUGAAGUAGCUGGACGUCAAGUAAUUCGUAUGGUUGAAUUAUUAAAACCUGGUCAACCUUUUGGAAUUAUCGCAAAUGGAUAUGGUGGUUAUGGUUCAAUUGAUAUGAAUCAACAGGAUGGAGGAAUUGGGAUGCUGGAGGAUGGUAAAAAAAAAAACGUCAAAUUUCGUACCGGCCCUAAAAUGAAGGCCGUAACGUGGAAAGGAGUAGAAAAGGAGGUGGUAGGAAAUGAAAAGAAAUGGUGGAAGAAUGGAACUGAAGGUGUGUUAAGUUUGGGAAGGCGAGGUGGACGCUUUUUAACAGGUGGUUUUAGAUCAACAGUUGGACGAUUCGAUGAUGAUGAAUAUAGUGAAGAAAGUGAUGAAUGGGAAAUAGUAGAUUUUGAUACUAGCGAUGAUGAUGAAAGUGUAUCAGAGGAAGAAGGUAAUGAAGGAGAUCCUGCUAUGUUGUUGCGACGGCGGAUCACCAAUGAAAGAUUGAAACGUGCUGGACACUCGGCUCAUGAUAAUUAUUCAAAAAAGGAAGAAAAGGGAAAUUCUGUUAACAAUGACAUGACCUCGAUCAAAGAUCAAGAAUGUGAUAUACAAGAUGAAAAUUUAUCUCGAACAUUUAAUAAUUCUAAAAAUAAGACAUUCGUACAAGAACCAGAAAGUUAUGAAAUGGACGAUGAUUAUUAUAUAGACGAUGAUGAUUUAAACAUACCCGGUUCGUUUCCUACAGCAUUUAAAUGGACUCCACAACAAUCCACAACAGAUGAUAAAUCAGAUAGAGUACGACGUGUACGUAGCGUCUUACUCCGAAGACCAAGUCGUAGUGGAUUUUUUGGUGGUAGUGGAGAGUUCUGGGUUACGAAUACCCGUAAAGUUCGAACAAUAAGUAAUAGUAAAGACAAGGACAUUACCAGAAGCUCUAAUAAAUCUAGUUCUAUAACGAAUAAAAGUACAAAUAAGAGUUCAAAAUCUCAAAAAAGAACUUGGGUAAGACGAAGUAGUAUAUAGAAUAAUAAAUAUAUAAUAAUAAUAUAAUUAUAAUAAUAAUAGUCUAAUAUUUUUUGGAACAUUUUGGGGAUGGCCGAUUGUGCCAUUUUUUUUUUGCCAUCGAGGCUAUUCUUGUAUAUUAACAUUUUUUUUAAAAAAAAAAGAAAAAAAA